GGGCAUGCCGGGCGGCGGCGGCGGGCCCGCGGCGGCGCUGCGCGAGCAGGAACGAGUGUACGAGUGGUUUGGGCUGGUGCUGGGCUCGGCGCAGCGCCUGGAGUUCAUGUGCGGGCUGCUGGACCUGUGCAACCCGCUGGAGCUGCGCUUCCUCGGCUCGUGCCUGGAGGACCUGGCGCGCAAGGACUACCACUACCUGCGCGACUCAGAGGCCAAGGCCAACGGUCUCUCGGACCCGGGGCCGCUGGCCGAUUUCCGAGAGCCGGCCGUGCGCUCGCGCCUCAUCGUCUACCUGGCACUGCUGGGCUCGGAGAACCGUGAGGCCGCCGGCCGCCUGCACCGCCUCCUGCCCCAGGUGGACUCGGUGCUCAAGAGCCUGCGCGCGGUUCGGGGUGAGGGUUCGCGGGGAGGUGCGGAGGACGAGCCCGGCGAGCGCGGGGAGGACGGCGAAGGCGAGGAGGACGCGGAGAAGGACGGUUCCGGGCCGGAAGGCAGCGGCGCCGAGCCCCGGCCCGGCGGCGGGCUGGGCUUCAGGGCCCAGGAGGAACUGCUGCUGCUCUUCACCAUGGCUUCGCUGCACCCGGCGUUCUCCUUCCACCAGCGGGUCACCCUGAGGGAGCACCUGGAGAGGCUCCGCACUGCGCUCCGUGAGGGCCCGGAGGACGCGGAGGUGGAGGUGGAGCCGUGCAACUUUGCCAGCCCCCGGGCCCAGAACGAUUCUGCUCAUGGUGAUUACACGCAGAGUAACGAGGCCAGUUUACUAGAACAAGCCCCAAUACCUCGUGAUGGACUUCCUGUGGCACCUCAUAGAACCCAGCGAGAAGCCGUGCACAUUGAGAAGAUAAUGUUGAAAGGAGUCCAGAGAAAAAGGGCUGACAAGUACUGGGAGUACACCUUCAAAGUAAAUUGGUCUGAUCUUUCAGUCACAACAGUAACAAAAACCCAUCAAGAACUACAGGAAUUUCUACUAAAGCUCCCAAAGGAAGUGUCUUCAGAGACUUUUGACAAGACCAUCUUAAGAGCCCUGAAUCAGGGUUCAUUGAAAAGGGAAGAACGGCGGCAUCCUGACCUAGAGCCCAUCCUAAGGCAGCUGUUUUCCACGUCAUCCCAAGCUUUCCUGCAGAGCCGGCGAGUGCACAGCUUUUUUCAGGCCGUACCGCCAGACCCCCUGCACAGCCUCAGAACAUGGAUGUGUGCUUUAGGAGAACGUGCUGACUUGCAGCAGAGCCACUCUGAUAACUUACAAUCCUCUCUGAAGACUUCUAAAAUAUUAGAACAUUUAAAGGAAGACAGUUCAGAAGCUUCAAGUCAAGAAGAAGACGUGUUACAGCACACCAUAAUCCACAAGAAACAUACCGGGAAAAGUCCCCUCGUGAACACUAUUGGUACAAGUUGUUCUCCAUUGGAUGGGCUCACCAUGCAAUAUUCCGAACAGAAUGGAGUCGUGGAUUGGAGGAAGCAAAGCUGUACCACCAUUCAGCACCCAGAGCACUGUGUGGCCUUAGCUGACCAGCAUUCAACUGAGAAACGAGGCUUAUCAUCAAUAAAUAAGAAGAAAGGAAAGCCACAAAUAGAAAAGGAGAAAAUGAAGAAAACUGACAACAGAUUGAAUAGUAGAAUAAAUGGUAUUAGACUCUCCACUUCUCAACAUGCCCAUGGUGGUUCUGUGAAAGAUGUGAAUUUGGACAUUGGUUCUGGACAUGACACAUGUGGAGAAACCUCUUCAGAGAGUUACAGUUCUCCUUCUAGCCCACGACAUGAUGGAAGAGAAAGCUUUGAAAGUGAAGAAGAAAAAGACAGAGACACAGACAGCAAUUCUGAGGAUUCUGGGAAUCCGUCAACAACAAGGUUUACAGGCUAUGGUUCUGUCAACCAGACCGUCACUGUCAAGCCACCUGUUCAGAUUGCUUCGUUAGGAAGCGACAAUGGAGGCCUUUUAGAAGAUCCCCUAACCGCACCCAAGUAUCAGCAUAUUUCUUUUAUGCCAACUUUACACUGUGUCAUGCACAAUGGUGCCCAGAAGUCUGAUGUUGUUGUUCCUCCACCCAAAUCUGCCGAUGGCAAGACAAUAGGGAUGCUCGUUCCCAGUCCUGUUGCUAUUUCUGCAAUAAGGGAAUCCACCAAUUCUACCCCUGUUGGAAUACUGGGGCCAACAGCUUCUACUGGAGAAUCAGAAAAACACCUUGAAUUACUGGCUUCCCCUUUACCUCUCCCGUCAGCGUUCCUCCCACACAGCAGCGCCCCCGCUUUACACCUCACAAUCCAGAGGCUGAAGUUGCCGCCACCACAGGGGUCUUCAGAGAGUUGCCCAGUUAACAUCCCACAGCAGCCCCCCGCGAGUCUGAGCAUUGGAUCACCAAACACUGCCUUUCUUCCUGUCCACAGCCCAGGUAGUUUUCCGGGAUCUCCUGUUGCUACCACGGACCCCAUCACAAAAUCUGCAUCCCAGGUGGUAGGACUAAAUCAAAUGGUGCCUCAAAUUGAGGGAAACACUGGGACCGUCCCUCAGCCUACCAAUGUGAAGGUAGUUCUUCCAGCAGCCGGCCUGUCAGCCGCCCAGCCACCAGCUUCCUACACCCUCCCAGGCUCCCCCCUCGCCGCCAGUGUGUUGCCCAGCCAGAACUCCAGCGUGCUCAGCACUGCAGCCACGUCUGCCCAGUCGGCGGGGGCGGGCAUCAGUCAGGCCCAGCCCGCCGGGCCUCCCGCGGUCCCCACCCACACCCCAGGCCCCGCCCCCAGCCCGAGCCCUGCUUUGACACACAGUACUGCACAGAGCGACAGCACGUCUUACAUCAGUGCUGUGGGAAACACGAACGCUAACGGGACCGUAUUGCCGCCCCAGCAGAUGGGCUCGGGUCCUUGUGGUUCUUGUGGGCGCAGGUGCAGCUGUGGGACCAAUGGAAACCUUCAGCUAAAUAGUUACUACUAUCCUAAUCCGAUGCCCGGACCAAUGUACCGAGUCCCGUCGUUCUUUACUCUGCCAUCCAUCUGCAAUGGCAGCUACCUCAACCAAGCACAUCAGAGCAACGGAAACCAACUUCCUUUUUUUCUGCCUCAGACUCCAUAUGCAAAUGGACUGGUGCAUGACCCAGUCAUGGGGAGCCAAGCCAACUACGGCAUGCAACAAAUGGCGGGAUUUGGGAGAUUCUAUCCUGUCUAUCCAGCACCUAAUGUAGUUGCCAACACGAGCGGUUCGGGGCCCAAGAAGAACGGGAACGUGUCAUGUUACAACUGUGGUGUAAGCGGACACUACGCACAGGAGUGCAAGCAGUCGUCCAUGGAGGCCAGUCAACAAGGCACUUACAGACUGAGAUACGCACCUCCCCUCCCCCCUUCUAAUGAUACGUUGGAUUCUGCAGACUGAAACAAGUAAAGCUUGACUGCUUAAUACCCUGACGUGUUGGGGAGUCAUGGUGGGGUGUGGAGGGGAGGAAAGGAAAGGUAUUUUGUUUGUGUUUCUUUGUCUAUACAUUUCCUAGAUUUCUAUGCAGUUGGGAUUUUUCAUUUCUCUUGUACUGAUGUCCAAAACAAAAAAGAAUGCAUUGCUUUUGAGCCUCUGGUCUCCUGGUUCAACAACAGGCUUAUCUGUAUGAUACAUGUAAUUUAAACAUCCAGACAAACUAUCAAAACGAAAAUGUUUGCUGUGCUUUUUUUUUUUUUACACUGAAUACUUGCUGUGUGCAAUGUUUACUGAAUCUUUAAAACUGUGUAUUUGACCUUUUUUUACAACACUGGUGACAGUCAUAUGGUUUUGAAAAAGAGAAACUUUGCUUCUUCCCCACUCUUCUCACUUUCACCCUAAAGGACACACAUCUCCCCGCCACCCUCCUUCCAGUGACCCGUGGCAGGGGUGGUUGGCCACGCAUUGGCCUACACUUUCAUGACCUACCCUGUCUAUAAAUCAAGGAUGAAAUGUUUCACCUUAAUCUGAAAGGAGACAUCAAGUCCCCUGAAUUGUGUGUAUAUAUGUACUAAAGAGCAUCACGUAAACACAUAUAUGCAGUGCUUGUGGUCCAAAUCAAAAUUAAGUGGAAGAGAGAGGAAGAAGUAAAACCAUAUGAAACUGAAAAAAUACAAUGUCUGAAGUGGACAAAGAGCUUUUUCUUAAAAAAAUAAAAAAUAAAAAAAAAUGAAAACAAAAAACACAAAAAGCUUUUUACUUCAUCAUACUUUUUUAGCCUGUUGCUUCAGAGAGACAUAAAGUGAACAAACUAGUGUGAGUGUUGUUCUGUGUGUCUGUGUCUAUAAUGAAAGUCGACAGCCGAUUUCACUUGUAGUCUACCACUGUGUCGUGCUAAAGAGACACUACCUGAGUAAAGAUUUCUUCUUUUCUCACACCAACUGUAGCAGUGUUACAUUGUGUUUAAAAUGUGUAUGGUUUAUUGCAAUCUGAGCAGAAGUUCUGGUUUCUGCAAAAGUCAGGUUUGUUCCCUAACCCGUCUCUCGUAGCAAAGUCACUUUGAUAACAGUUUACCACUAUGCUUGAUUAUAAUGUGAAAGACUGAAUUCUGAGUGUGUUAAGAUGGUAUUAAUCAUGUCAGUGUCAUGUCACUAAGUUUAAUGCUGCUGUUUAAAAAAAAAUUUUUUUUAAAGCCAAUCUAUGUACUAAAUUGCUUCCAGGUAAUUUUUGAUUUCCUAAAGUGCACUGAGAUUAUCUGGAAGUUUGGGUGUAUUUUUGCAACUGCUGUAUUCAACAGCAAUGAGCAACUACCACUGUAUAGUCCUAGGUUAAGGGUCGGGGCUGGUUUUGUUUUCCCAUUCCUCAGUACAGAGCAGAAAUGAUAGAUUUUUGUUGUGUGGAGUAACGUAGGUGUACAGCGGAGGGACUUAAAUAUUUGGUCUUGGUUCAGAAGCCUAACAGAUUGCUAGAUAAAAGGAAAAACUUGAAGAAAAAAGAAGCUUCAUUUAAUGCUUCAUAGGUAGCAUUUAUAUUUAUAGCAGCAAUGUACAUUUUGAAACUAACUUGCAGGGUGGGAGUUAAAGGGGAAAGGGGUGGGGAUGAAGGGGUAGAUGAAAGCUUUAAUUUAAAAAGAAAAGUUCGAGUAAAGGAAAUUAUUUUGAUUAAAUAUAUUUUAUUUGAUCUGGGUAUUUUUGGACCACAUUAUUAAAUUAAUUGUUAAGCUGCAGUUGAGUUGUUCCAGUGAGAGUUUUGAUAAAGCCACGUAUGGACCGCAUUGUGAAUCACUUGCCAGUUGUACUUUAUGGAGCUUAUUUUAUGAUUUAAAAUACUGUACUGUACAUAGGAGGUAUGUUAUUACCUUCUCCUUAUUUGUAUGUUUACCAUAUACUUUGAUAUUUGAAAUGUUAUGUACUGGAAAGGCCACUUAUAUUUCUAGAACAGAUUGGAUUUUAUGCAACCCUUUUUCCUUGAAUUAACAGCAAUAAAAAAAAAUGAAAAACAG